CUUAAACGGCAGAAAUUGUAUUAUUUUAAUCUUUUAAAAUGCUGUUGGUCGCAGAUACAUGAACUGUUGUUAAUGUCAUCUAAUUUUCAUGCAGCGUCAAUUUCGCUCCAUAUCGCUGACGCUGCGCUACAACACAUCCAUCCUGUCAACUGAUAUCUUCGUGCUCGUGGCCUUCGUAAACCUCUUUGGGGUAAGUCCCUUUUAGUCUAUUAGCAUUUUGCGAUGUGUCGCUACCUGAUUCGCUAACUUUGUACGUAUCAUGACGUAAAUAAGGUCUAUAUAGUGUUUCCUUCAACGUCUUUGAUUCUUAGUAAGCACAUUUUGCUUGCAAAACUUCUCUCGCUAUCGAGAAGAGUCAUGGCUUCGUUCUGUAAGUGUGUAGCGCGCCUAGUUUUUUUCGCUCUGAUAAUAAUUCAGUGCUUCUUUUUAGCUGGUUAUCUGGCCACUUACAAGAAAAAUUCCCACUGGUACGUCUUGGCGACUUCAUUCGCGCCAGCAGUGAUCGUAUGGCUCUGUCUCAUCGCUUCCAAUGCAAAACUUCGCAGAUUGUUUUAUGUCUGGGAUCUGUAUAUCAUCUGUGCCUUGAUACCCAACAUAGCCAUCGUAUUUGUAUAUGUUGGAGACAGCCUCGACAAGAACGAGCUCCUUGGUCCAAAUGCUUUGAAGAUGGUUCUCUGCAUCACCCCACUUCUUUUACUGUUGUUGUUGCACACUGCUGACGAUUCGGAUCAAACUGACGAACACAGAGAACUUGUUUCCAAGUUGUCUUAUCAGAUGGCCAUUGAUCUCUUCGAUGCUGUUGACAUGAUAGACAUUGUCUUAGAAGAAAACGAGCACAACUUCGGAAUACCAAACGGAUUCGGAACUUUGAUGAUCGUAUUGGCAUGCUUCAGUCUCGUGUUGUCUACCUGGCAAUUGGCGGAAAACAAACUGGCCCAAGGAGAAACGAAGAUUCGCUUCCGUACCGCGUUUUUCCGCAACAUUGUGGAGAUACUUCUCGUCAACUUGCCCUUCUUGAUCAUUCGUGCGAUGGUUUUCUUCAAGUAUGGUAAAGAUGAAUCCAUCUUUAUCGCCAAGAAUGUGAUCACGAUAAUUCUGUCCGUGUUGGAGAUUCGCCAUAUUUGUGUUUCACGUUAGGGACCAGAGACUUCACUGAUGGAUACUUUAGGAAAAUGGACUUUGAGUUAGACACUCGACAAAUUAAUGUUAUUGUAAACAGUGAGAACUGGUAAACAAAUGCAUCUGAAGAUAGAAUAUUUCUGUCUCCCAGAAAUAAGGCAUUUUUUUCCAUUGUUGUGCUCCAGAACUACCUAUGGAACUGACUCUUCAUAAUAGAGAUGCUUUAGACAAUGUAGAGAAAAGAGAAGAAGCGAAGAGGAAGAUCAGUUGGCGAGAUUGAGAACAGAUAUCACAACCGAACCACGUUUCCUCGGAUCCAAGAUUUGUCGUAUGGGAAUAUACAUUAUUAAUCAACCUUACUCUAUUUUAGAAUCAUUGUCAUGUGGUGUAACAAAGUUGCUACACUAGGAAUAUCUACCUAUCGUGACCAGAGUUUAUUAGCGUAGUACAGACUCAAUGUAUACAAGUAUACCUAUUAA